AUGCCACUGCGGUGUCGAACCUUACACACUGCUCUAAAGCGCCAUUUUCAUACGUCACGGCCUCUGACACUGCACCCUACUACACUUCGAUGGUUAGAGGAAGAAGGAAAAGUCAAUUUGAUCCCAACUUCGACGGCUCUUGAACCGGACCUCACAUGUAGCCACCUGCCCGAAGAAGGCUCACAUCUGAAUCCUCCUCCCUCUGAAUAUGCACGCACAAUCUUUGCCGACCGGGCAACUAUCACAAUCUUCUCGGGACUUGGCGGCCAUGGUUGUGUGUCAUUUUUGCGCGAAAAGUAUAUCGAAGCUGGUCCUCCGAAUGGUGGCGAUGGUGGCACUGGAGGCAAUGUCUACAUACAGGCGUUACACGGGGAAACAUCUCUUCAUAAGCUAGCCCGGCGCAAUAUUCUGCGGGCCGGGCGCGGGAAGAAUGGUCAAGGAAAAUUAAAAGGUGGCGAACGAGGGGAAGAUGUGGUUAUACAGGUUCCCGUAGGCACAGUAGUUCGGGAAAUUGAGCGUUUUGAUCCCAUAGCCGCAGAAGAAAGUAAGCCAAAUCUAGCAUAUGGUCACGAAGACGAUGAAUCUGCUCAACGUAGGCAGAGACGUGAGAAGUGGUUACUCUAUCCAACUGUUUCGCCGGGAGAUAUUCCUACUUCGGAAUUUCCACGCUUGCCACGGGCUCGGAAAUCAGCCAUGAGCGCGGCACAGGUUCCGGCCCCAAUAUCGCUAGAUUUAAAUAUGCCAAUGGAAACGUCUUUACUGCUUGCAGCCGGCGCGAUCGGCGGACUAGGAAAUACUCAUUUUGUGUCCAAGACGUGUCCAAGACCAAAAUAUGCUACCAAGGGCGAGGAGGGAAUCAGAAUCACGCUAGAAUUAGAGCUUAAGCUGCUUGCUGACGUCGGUUUAGUAGGGCUUCCCAACGCAGGAAAGAGCACUCUAUUGCGAGCCCUAACUAAAAGUCGAACACGAGUCGGUAGUUGGGCAUUUACAACCCUUCAACCCAACAUCGGUACUGUUGUUUUGGACAACUACAAGGGCCGACCAUUUUCGAAAGCUAGAUUUAAGAAUGGAGAGCCACGAACAAUAUUUACCAUUGCAGAUAUACCUGGACUAGUCAAGAAUGCUCAUUUGGAUCGUGGCCUCGGAAUCAGCUUUUUGCGACAUGUCGAGAGAGCCAGGGUGCUCGCCUUUGUACUUGAUCUGAAUGCAGGGGACGCAGUUGAGGCACUUAAGGCGCUCUGGAAAGAAGUUGGAAUGUAUGAAAAAUUGAAAGGAGAAGAGACCGUUGAGGGAAGUCAAAUGGAUGUCCAGUGGACUCCAUUUACUUCUCCGCAGGAAGCUCUGGAAAAUCGUCAAGAGACUAUUGUAGUUCCUUCGGGACCAGACUUUGAAAAUCCUUUGGCCCCAGGAAAAAUCAGUAUCGCAUCCAAACCCUGGUUUGUUGUCGCUACAAAGGCUGAUUAUCCUGGUACUGAAGAGAACUUCUCUAGGCUCAAGGAUUAUCUCGAAGAAGUUGGCAAUGGCCUCGUUCAGCACCCAAGUUUACACCAGGGGGCUUGGGCAGAAAAAGUUGCGGCCAUUCCAGUGAGUGCCAUCAACAAGCUUGGGACUGAUAAGAUAGUGGAGUGGACAAUCGGCUUACUAAAUGAUUAA